AUGGAGAUCAAACUUGCUAGUCAUGAGCAUCCAAUGGGUUAUCUUUGGUUUCAUGAGAGCGAUUACAAGAAUUGUGAUAAAUGCAGAGAGGAAAUUCGUGGAGCUGCCUAUCCAUGUGUAAGGUGCCAAGUUUGGUUGCACGAAUUAUGCGCCAAAGCUCUGCAACAUCUACCUCGAGAGAUUACACAUCCUCUCCACUCUCACCACCAUCUUGUACUAGAUUGGUCUGGUCAUGACGAAGAAUUUACCUGCGACUUGUGUCUAAAAGUUUCUUCUGGCACCAGCUAUGGCUGCUGUCGGUGCGAUAUCGAGGUCGAUCUAGCAUGCGCCUUUGCAGGUGGUGGUGAUCAUCAGACGAGACAGAGAUCUGAGGAUCACGAGGGGAUUCAACACUACUGUCACCGCCACCAGCUGAUCCUGUACAAAUUUAGCAGUGCCGGUGAAACUGAUUAUAAUUGUGGUUGGUGUGACAAGCCUUUAACCAACAUUGUCUAUGGUUGUAAAGGAUGCAGUUUCUUCCUCCAUGAAUUCUGUGCUGACGAGAUCCCGAAAACCUUGAAGCAUCCAUUCCAUCCAUCACAUCUCCUCUUCGCUUGGGUUUUCAUCACGACUUGA